AUGAGCGGCCACAGCGAGGCUUGUCGGUCGAGACGCCUCGCUCGUCCCCCUGCAAAAGCUAGGAUUGCACUUGCGCCCAGAUGGGUGUCAGAGGUUGCAAAAGCUGCGGACAAGCCAACCCUUUUCGUGGCAGUGUUAUGUCGGCCACAGGAUGUGGUUUUGCGAAGCUCGGUGCGAACAGGCUGGGCUUCAGGAGGUGAUAGCGACACCAGCCCUUGGCGUUAUGGCUUUGUGAUAGGUUGGUCGGGGCUCAGUGAUGCGGAGCAAGAGCAUCUCGUGCAUGAGGCAGACAGCUUUGGCGACAUCAUUGCAAUCGAUGUAGCUGAUGCAUAUACCAAUCUGACACUGAAAGUGUGUCAUUUGCUGCAUUUAGCCGUGCAGAUAAAAUCUGAAUAUUUUCUACGGCUCAAUGGCAACGAGCGUUUGCAAGUCGGGCGUUUGGUGGAGUUGCUUCGCAAAGACCUGCAAGUUGAAAAGUUACAUCCUAAUGGCUUUGUUUGGGGCCAGAGAGGUUGCAUGCUUCCGCAUGUCUUUGAACAGCUUUCCUGCGGGACGACAUCGCUGAAAGACUGGCCACUUCUGGUUGAUGGACGUCUAUUACCGUAUCCACAGGCUUCAUGGCUGGCAAGCAGGAAAGCCUACGAGAACAUGGCAGCUGUACUUCAGACUUUGGUCGGCUCCCGCUUGCUUUUGCAUUGGGUCGAGGAGGCUUUCAUGGGCAUGCUGGCAACAGCUGCAAAUGUACCGAUCCUGGAUAUAGCUAUUGAUGGGCGCUUUCUUUUCUUGGGCGUGAACUGUAGCCAGGGCUACGUGCUGUUGGAGGAACUGCCCCAGCAGCUGGCGAUGCCGCGGAAAGGCUGCUAUUGA